CUCUGUAGAGAUGUGAUGUUGAUUUAUGUCAUGUGACAUUGUGACAUUUUGUACUAUUUAAAUAUUUUGUUUUAACAAAUCAUAAUAUGUAUAGACGAUUAUUUUUUGGAAAUGUGUUCCAUGGAUCAUUUGUACCUACAUCGACCAUUCAGCGACCGAGUACAAAAUUACAACGAACUAGUCAAUGGAGAAUACCAUGUUGCUUGAAGCGCUACGUGCACUCCCUGACAGCAUUACGCGCCAAAGAAGUUGUCAAAGCACCCAACUUCCCUGACUCCGUUUCCUCUGGAGAUAUAAAAUUAAUUAAAAAAGAAGGAGACGCGGUAGCGAUGGACGAGGAGGUGCUGCAAAUAGAGACCGACAAGACGGCGCUGCCCGUCAUGGCGCCCGGGCACGGCACCAUCAUCAAGAUGCUCGUCAAGGAGGGAGAGUCUGUCAAGUCACAGCAACCUUUGUUCGAGUAUUUAAUUAGUACAAGUUUAAACGCUGCUAAACCUAAACUGUUUUAUAUAUUUCAGUUUGCGGCGCAAAAAAUUGGCGACCCUACGAAAGUAAUAACCGGUAGCCGGUCAGAGUACCCGGUGCCGAUGAAUAGGAUGCGUCUGCGCAUUUCCGAACGGCUGAAGGAGGCGCAGAACACUACCGCUAUGCUUACUACAUUCAAUGAGUGCGAUAUGAGUCGACUGAUGGCGUUCCGGAAGGCUAACGUUGAGACUUUUAAAAAGAAAUACGGAGUGAAGCUUUCCUUUAUGUCGCCAUUUUUGAAAGCUGCAGCCAACGCCCUUGAGGACCAGCCUGUUGUCAACUCUGUCAUCAUCGACAACAACAUUGUGUAUAGGGACUACAUAGAUAUUUCAGUGGCAGUAGCCACGCCAAAGGGUCUCUUAGUACCGGUUCUCCGAAAUGUUGAAUCGAUGGACUACCCGCGGAUAGAGCUUGCCAUAAGCGACCUGGCUGCCAGGGCUCGCGAAGGUAAACUGCGUCCGAGUGACAUGCAGGGCGGCACUUUCACCAUCAGCAAUGGCGGCGUGUUCGGUUCCCUGCUGUCUAUGCCCAUCAUCAACCUGCCGCAGUCCGCCAUCCUGGGAAUGCACGCCAUUAUACAGAGACCAGUUGCGAUCAAGAACGAGAUAAAGAUAAGACCGAUGAUGUACCUCGCCCUGUCGUACGACCACAGAUUGAUUGACGGUCGUGAGGCAGUGCUGUUCCUACGCAAAGUGAAGGCAGGCGUCGAAGACCCGACCUCCAUUCUGGCCGGAGUUUGAAUUAACCAUAAACAUUAGAAUGGAAUUUAAGGAUAUUGCUAUUCAAAUAGUAGCAGUAAAAAUGCAUAAACUGUUUUGUCUGUUUCGUACAUUAUAAUAAAUGCCUUUACAAAUAAAUUAGUCUUUCAUU